CAGAGUGCUGGACCAGCGGCGGUCCCUAGCCCCCGGCCUGCGCACACGCCCACUGCUCUGGGCCACCCGGGGCCGAGGUGCCGGCGGCUGCGGGAGGUGGGUGGAGGCAGGAUCCGAGGGCGCGGGCGCCCUGUGCACUGAGCAAGCGGGAGGCGGCCGGGGGCCGGGACGCCAUGUCCAUGGAGGACCCCUUCUUUGUGGUGAAAGGAGAGGUGCAGAAAGCCGUCAACACUGCCCAGGGAUUGUUUCAGAGAUGGACCGAGCUCCUCCAGGACCCGUCCACGGCCACCAGGGAGGAAAUCGACUGGACCACCAACGAGCUGAGAAACAACCUCCGGAGCAUUGAGUGGGACCUAGAGGACCUUGAUGAAACCAUCAGCAUAGUGGAAGCAAAUCCUAGAAAAUUCAAUCUCGACGCAACCGAAUUGAGCAUAAGAAAAUCCUUCAUCACAAGUACUCGGCAAGUUGUCAGGGACAUGAAGGAUCAGAUGUCAGCUUCAUCUGUGCAGGCAUUAGCUGAAAGGAAAAACAGACAGGCCCUGCUGGGAGACAGCGGCGGCCAGAGCUGGAGCACCGGAACCCCGGAUAAAUACGCGCGCCUGGACCACGAGCUUCAGUUAGCCAACUCCCACUUCAUCGAGGAGCAGCAGGCUCAGCAACAGCUGAUUGUGGAGCAGCAGGACGAGCAGUUGGAGCUGGUCUCUGGCAGCAUCGGGGUGCUGAAGAACAUGUCCCAGCGCAUCGGAGGGGAGCUGGAGGAGCAGGCAGUUAUGUUGGAUGAUUUCUCCCAUGAGUUGGAGAGCACUCAGUCUCGGCUGGACAAUGUGAUGAAGAAACUUGCGAAAGUGUCUCACAUGACCAGUGAUCGGCGCCAGUGGUGCGCCAUAGCCAUCCUCUUUGUGGUCCUGCUGGUUGUGCUGGUCCUCUUCUUAGUGCUGUGACGGCCCAGGACCCAGGAGGAAGACGCGCAGCCCGCCCUGUGCCGGCUCUCACCUUCCUCUCUUGAAAACACGGCCCGCGCUGACUUUCUCUUUGUGACCCACCAUUGAGGCAGCUCCUCCGUCCCAGCGCUGGAGGGACCGGUGGGAAGAGGACAUAACAAAUGCACACUCCUGGCGCCACCUGUCCUAUCCUGAGGACAACUCACCACGGCUUUGCCUCCUGGACCUCAUUCCCCAUGGGGGGUCUCUGAGGAAUCCAGAAAAAUUCAGACUCAGCUAGUGUUCGCUGUUGCCCGUUCCAUCCCUCCUCAGCGGCUUUUUCCUCCUCAGACCCUCUCCCUGCUCAGACAGCAGCCACUGUCCCUUCCGGAAGGACCCUGUCAGGAAUGGGGCUCCUCGGUCCACUCUGCUGCCCCGAGAGCUGGUCAUUACAGGGCCAGAAGGCCCAGAAGCAGUUUGUGACAGAAGAUGCAAUGGUUCCUUUUUCAGGGAUAAGUGCAGGGAUCAGAUUGCUUUUCCAGGCAUAUCUUUUUGUGGUGAGUAACUAAUGGAAAACAAGGAAAAGCACUGGGCUUUGGGAACGCUAACUGGUGUCUUGCAGGAAGGGGAGCGUAACCCUGAGUGUGCACAGCUGAGCAAAGGGUGGGCAAGGUCCUGGGAGGUCACAGCCUGGCUGAAUUCAGGUGGCUGUCCUACAGCCUCCCCCUACCCUGCCCCAGAGGUGUAACUUGUAUUUUUAGGGUGACCCUUAAUCUGUGGCUGCUGAGCGGCCCACCUGAAUGGAUUCAGACCCUGUGGCACUCUGCCUUGUUGGGAUGGGGUUGGGAAUGGGUAGCACACAAGUUACAUGUAGUCGGAAACUGUAAUGGCAGCAAAAGUUUGUUCUGGACCAGGCUGUUCCUGCCUUGUAAUGGCAAAGAAGGUAGGUGAUGAACUGGUUUCCUUGCCUCCCCAAGCCCCCCCAUAAGAUGACAACCCGAUUUUUAUCUCCAUUUAAAUCACUGAGCCGAUCCAAAUUUAAAUAACAGAUGCUUCAGUUGAGUUUUCGUUGCUGAAACACUCAAGUUGAAGCUUCUGGUGACUUAGUGAAUGCUUCCACGUGCACAUGUAUAUAGCAUAUUUUUAUACGCCCCCUGAUGAAUAGCCUAAUAUCAAAGCAGCAGCUGAGCUGUGUCAGAGCCUGGCGGCCACGGCUACAUCUUCACUGUCAUCCUUUGCACGUGGAAAGCACAGCAACAUCCAGGUAGAGUCCUAGCUUUGACUUAUGUUUUGGGGUCCAUUCCUAACUUUUAAAACUUUUGUUUUGUAUUUCUUGGUUUUUGUUUUGGGCUUUUUUCCCCUUAUUUUUUGUGAUUCACAAUGAUGUACUUGCCCAGCUAACUUUUGGACUGCACUUUUUAAUAAAUGUUUGUAACAAUUUUUAAAGAAGGGUAUUUUCUCAUGUUUAGGAUCAUGGCAGGUGAGGCGCUGCACACGCCUAUGAAAGCUAAAAGUAGAUUUAUAAAACUGAAAGGGUCAUUGACAUCCAUGUUUACACUCAACACUAUUUGAUUUAUGAUAUUCUCAAGUUAGCAAAAAAAGGUGAUUAUUACAAAGGGCUUCAGAUGUAGGGUAGUAGGGUACUAGAUUAUUUGUUUCGCAAAGUUGAGAUUUAUUCAAAUAGUCUGUGAACUUAGACCAGGGAUGGUCCUUGGAUUUGCAUCUAAACGUAUAAGUCUUUGUUAAAACUUUGUUAAAACGUGGACCUUGUCUUAGUACUCUCGCCCACACUCCAUGUUACAUGAAGCAACUGGGUUCCGAACUACGCGACUGCCCCAUUUCCAAGCCAUGCUGUUGUCUUGCUCUUACCAGGCAUACUGUGCCCUGCAGAACUGUCAUGUGCGUCAGGAGGGCUUGUUGGGAACACGCCUGAUGCUUAAUGAAUAGAUACUCCCCUGACUGACUUCAGGGACCAAGUUUUGUGACCCUGAGGCUUAAUUACUCAACAUUUGGAGAUAUUUAGAGUUGGCAGGCCGACCCCACCGAUUUCAGGUGUUAGCUACACAGUGGCCAUUGUAAACCAGACUCACAGGCAGAAGCUGAACAGAGCAAUAUUUAGAAAGAGAACAUUUAUGAAAAUGUGAGCACUAGGCGCACCCUCCCUAUAGGGCCACUGGAGCCCACAGCUUGAAGGAGCCACUCUUUGGCAGCUGCCUCUUCAGGAAUUCCUGGAGCUGGCUCUGCCCCAGACAUCAUUCCUCGCCCCACUGGCUUGAUGCUGGGCCUGAGCCUGUUGGACCCGGACUGGGCUCUCACUACAAACAAGUGGUCAUUUGAAGGCCUUCCCCUUGGCCUUCAAACUGGCAAUCCAAGAGAACACACCAGGGACUCAGGUGAGGGUCAGGCUGCUGGACGCACAUCCUGGAGCAGAGGUGGGCUCCUUUUUUUCCCUUCAGCCCUCACACCUCUCCCCAUAUCCAUCACCUAAAGAGUGGCAGGAUGAGAUGGGUAACAGACAACACUCAAUUUAUGUUUAUUGGAAGAACAUUUCACUAACCAACUGACUUGGAGAUAGAGUAGGAGUGAACCAUGGAGUCUGCCAAGGUGGGAACCCAACUGAAAAAGUAAAACACCCUUGGUUUUUAGUCUAACGUUUGAGCUCGACUUUGUGUGAGCUGAACAACCGCAGGGCUCCCUGUGUGCUCCUACGGCGUGGCAGUUGUGUUACAUGAGGCUCUUCACGCUGGAGCCCAAGGGGGAGAAACUUGGUAACUUGCCCAUUAUUCUCUGCUUUUAGCCAGAGUUAGACAGACUGAUGGGUUUGGGAGCCAACGACUUGGCAACUUCCCGUCCUUCUCACCUCGUGAGAUUAAGGGCUGUGAAGAGAAAUCCAGCCUAACUCCAAGAGAAAUCUGUCUCUGUUAAGUGUGGUGCCUUCUGUAUGUGAAAGGGGCAGCGCCAGGAUUCUUCUUCUGGUAAUUUUCCUGGCUGUAAAGUGAGACCGUGAGCUUUCCAGAUAAUUCAUAGCACUGGAAGAUCUAAAAACUGAAUGAUAGAAAUGAGUUGCUUUUCCACUCUGUGGACUUUGGACUAUGUGGCAUUGCCUUGUAAAUGGCAGGACAGAUUUAUAAACAACACAACAUUCAGACUGCUUGGACAGCCGAAGUUCUAACUAUGGAACGCACUUCCUUUAAUUCUCCCUCCUGUCUUCCUCUCACCGCUGUUUCUUUCCCUCCCAGGUAUUUUAAGAAUAAUUUUUCCCCCCCCCUUAAAGAGUGUUCUUUGUUCAUGAAGAGCAGAGAGAAGGUGAAACCAAAAGGUUUGCAGACUUGGAGCCCCCAAACCCCUCUGCGCUGUCCCUGACCGAGGGCAGUUCUCCAAGACAGUGCUCCGUGGGAAGGUCCUGUGAGGUUGUCAGAGGCUCCUCCCAGGGCCCUGUGUCUGGGGGAGGGCAGCUGUGUCACCUGGCUGGCAUGACAAGAGGGGUCUUUCUGUAAUGGACAGCCCCCAGCUUUCACAAAAUACAUGCUUAUGCUUGAAAUAAGGAGGCCCUGUUCUCGCAAGGCCCACCUCCGUCUGUCGUUCUCACUGUGUUUAUGUGAUAGCGCUCCCUGGGAAGCUGCUGUCCAGGGUCAAGUCCAGAAACCAGGAGAGUAGAGAACAGCCCUCCUGUGACCCUCCUGGAGCUGGGGCUGAAGCUCCAAACCAGCUGACUCCUGGGGUUUGUGUCUCUAACAGCAGUAGGCUCAGUGAACUCGAUCACUUAGUUCAGUCUCGUUUUAAAGAUGAAACAGUUACAGCUCCCCCAACAGACACGGGAGUCAUCUGAUGCAUUGCACCCUGACCCUGGCCCAGGGGCCCUCACACUCUGGGACAAGCGGGCCUCACUAACAUGACUUAAGGUCGGCUGGUUGUAAUUUGUCACGGUCACCCCAGCUGUUUGUUGCAUUUUGCUGUUGGACAAACACUAAAGCUCUGACAGUGACGGGGGCACCUUGGUCAUGUUGCUGCCACCUACAUGUAUUUGGGAGUUCUCUGCAUUAUAGUCUCUUUCUUUACUGAUACAGAUAUGUGGGGAGGUGAGGAAGAAAGAACAGUAACUUGUUUCCCUCUGAUGUAAGCUCUCGCAUUCGUGUUUUCCUUCUGACGUGACCUUUGCCCUUCCCCGAGGCUGUGGCACGGGAGCCACGCUUAGGCCACCCAUCACCUGCCCUACUGUUUGGCUUUCGCACAAAGGACAGUUCAUGGACUGGGUUUUUCAGCUGCAGCCAGAUCCUUGUGAGGAAGUGUGCUUUACCAUAUUUUUUUAAGGUUAUGAGUUUUCAAACCUGGAAACCACUUGAUUAUUUAGGUGUUAGAUAUAAGAGCACCCAGCUUCAUUGUUCUCUGAUCACAGCUCUCCUCGCCCUGGCAGCAUUCCAGCCAAGCUUUCUGUCAGCCCCAGGGUGGGGCCAGGUUCAAGGUGGUUCUUCCCUGCUCUGCAGGAAGUAGGUUCAGCUGAGAACCACUACUGGAUGGCAAUUUCGGCCCUGCAGAUAAGGUCUGUCCUGGGAGAGGCAGGUGUCCCAAUCCUCAGGAAAAUACAGUGUGCUCUGUCAUCUGUGCGGGGUGAGGAGAAGCCAGCCAGGUGUCCCUAAUAAGUUACUGGACCUGCUUGUAUGGUAAAUGCCACAUGAUUGCUUCCCAACUGGCCCAGGCUGGGAGAAUGCCCAGCGGGAGGGGCAGCCUCGAAACCGGGGAAGGGCCAAAGAAAGCAAGCUGUAAGCAAUUAUGGAUUCAUUUUCUUCUAAGUGGAAAUAUGGUUUUACUGGCUCAUUUGUUAUUAGAAAUUAGUAUAAUUUAAACAUCGAAUGUGUAAUACACGGCAAUACUCAGCAGGACUGAACUGUCAUAUUUUUCUUCCAAGAAUAAAUAACCUCAUAGCGUUUCUUUUUAAAUAACUAGAAGGUACAAACUAAAGGGAGAUCAAGGAUUGGGAGUGGAAAUGCCUCAGUGAUUUCCAGACGGUGCUUCCCCUUGUCUCCAACCCCCAGGAGAUUGCUGGAGCCCUGGUGCCCCAAGUUUACAGCCCUCAUCAUAGGUAGAUAGAUCUUGCCCCUCCACACAGUGGGUCUCCGGGUGUGCUGUGGGACCCCGCAGCAGCGCAUCCCCCGGGAACUUGUUAGAAAUGCAGUUUCCCAGGCCCUCCUGAUCUGCGGAAUCCCAGAGAGGGGUCAGGUCAGCAGGCUGAGUUUAGCAAGCCGCUCAGGAGAACCUGAGUCCCACCCCAGUUUGAGAACCACUGCUACUGCAUUGUGGAAUUUAGGCCACAGUAAACCGUUCCUGCAAAAUAAAGCAUAUUCCACAGCGUUUGUUGUGAUCCUGGCAUUAAACAAAAUUUGAUGACACUAUAAACUGGAAAAGUGUUUUUAAAUACUGUGUGAAAUAAAACUUAAACUAGCUGUCCUUUAAAGUGAUAUUUUUACACCCUGAAAUCUAUCAGUAAUGUUUUUUCUUCUGCUCUUGAAAUCAUGUUACAACUGUAUAAAGAAUACUAUUCAGUAUUA